GCUCGGUUUCGCCCUCUACAGACGGGGCUCAUUGGAGAUGCAAGUCCGAGCGAAUUGCCUAAUCCGAAGAUUUCGAACAGAGAACUGAAACGGGACCCCUUUUCUGCUAUACAAACACAUCCUGAUCAGCGAUCUGUGACGAACUGUUAAACAAACUUAUAACAGGAGGAUAAAUUGUUACAAAAUGAGCAGGUAGCUGAAACUGUGCCGUUUUUCUCUACUGGAACGUAAUGUGGAGCGGGCUCAUUGCCAUUGCUUGGAGGACAACGCCUGGAUAAGGAAGAGAGGGCAACAUUUGACGUUACUUCGGAACGGCAUUUGAAUACGGAUACUUUACAGACAUGGUUAAUACAGUUUGUUCACGUCUUGUUAAAAACGCUUUUAUGUGGUUAAUGCUUCACGCGCUCAUCGAAAGCAGUGGAGGCUCAAUAACUCAGCAGACCUCUCAGCUCUCUUCUUAUGAGGUGACUGUACCGAGACGCAUCAGCAGACAUAGAAGAGACCAGGACAGUGCAGAGAAGGUGUCAUACAUAAUCCAAGCUCAAGGAAAAGAACAUGUCGUCAUUCUGGAGAGAAAUGAAUUGCUUCUUCCAGAGGAUUUCACUGUGUACUCUUAUGCCAAAGAUGGCUCCCUGGUCACAGAGAGACCAAACAUGACGGGUCAUUGUCAUUACAGUGGUUACAUAGAGGAUGUGGAGGGCUCUUCUGCAGCACUCAGCCUGUGCUCGGGAUUAAGGGGUGUUCUCUACACGGAGGGCACCAGUUUCGGUAUUGAACCGUUGGAAGGUUCCUCCAGUGAUGAGCACUUGGUGUAUCGAUUGGAGGAUGUAAAGACUGAACCUCUCACCUGUGGAACGCCUCACUUUCAUAACCAUGAUGAUGAGGCUUCACCAAGACAAUCCACAGACAGCCAUGUCCACAACAUCACCUUUGGUCAAAGCAGCCAUCUAAUCAGGAAAAAGAGGGCAGUGCUGCACCAGACACACUAUGUAGAACUGUUUCUGGUGGUGGAUAAUGAGAGAUAUAACUUCAAAAACAAGAAUCAAACAGCAGUUCGUGAGGAGAUGGUUCAGAUUGCUAACUAUGUUGAUAGUAUGUACAUGACUCUGAAUAUUCGUAUUGUUUUGGUGGGGCUGGAGAUCUGGUCUCAGCAGAACUUCAUAAAUAUUGAUGGCAGUGCUGGAGAGGUGCUGGGCCGUUUUACUCAAUGGAGAGAGAAAGAACUAGUUCACCGUCGUCGUCAUGACAGUGCACAGCUCAUCCUAAAGAAAGGAUUUGGUGGAACAGCAGGCAUGGCUUUCGUUGGCACGGCUUGUUCCAGAAGUCAUGGUGGUGGAAUUAAUGCGUUCACCAAUAAUAAUGUGAUGUCAUUUUCCUCCAUCGUGGCUCAUGAGCUGGGUCAUAAUCUUGGGAUGAACCAUGAUGAUGGCCGAAACUGUAAAUGCGAUGUCACACAUUGUAUUAUGAACUCAGGGGCAACUGGUUCUCGCAACUUUAGCAGCUGUAGUGCUGAUGACUUUGAGAAGAUGAUCUUGAACUCAGGUGGCCGCUGUCUGCUGAACGUACCACGGCCGGACGAGGCAUACAGCGCCCCCUUCUGCGGGAACAAGCUGGUGGAUGUGGGCGAAGAGUGUGACUGUGGAUCAGAGAAAGAGUGUGAGAAGGACCCGUGCUGUGAGCCGAAAACGUGUAAGCUGAGAUCAGGUGCUCAGUGUGCGUUCGGGGUCUGCUGCAAGAAUUGCAGGUUUUUACCUGGUGGCACCGAGUGCAGAAGCAGCACUGAUGAAUGUGAUUUGGCAGAGUAUUGUAACGGCACAUCUGCCCUCUGUCAGAACGACGUCUACGUACAGAACGGCCAUCCCUGCAAACAAGGCCAGGCUUACUGCUACAAUGGCCAGUGCCAGCACUAUGACACCCAGUGUCAGGCCAUAUUUGGCACAAAGGCUAAAGCUGCUCCUGAGCUGUGCUUUAAGGAUGUGAACUCCAAAGGUGAUCGCUUUGGAAACUGUGGCUACCAUUCCAGUGGAUUUAAGAAGUGUGAAAGCAGGAACGCCAUGUGCGGGAAGCUACAGUGUGAGAACGUUCAAUCGUCAGUCAUUUUUGGCAUCAAGCCAUCAAUCAUCCAGACCCCCAUUGCCGACACUACCUGCUGGGGUGUGGAUUUCCUCCUGGGCUCUGAUGUACCUGAUCCCGGCAUGGUCAACGAGGGCACCAAGUGUGGAGCUAAUAAGGUUUGUCUGAAUUUUGAGUGCAAAAGUGCAGAUGUGCUGAAAUACGACUGUGACGUUGAAAAGAAAUGCCAUGGCCAUGGGGUGUGUAACAGCAAUAAAAACUGCCACUGUUAUAAUGGCUGGGCUCAUCCAUUCUGUGAGGCCUCUGGUUAUGGAGGAAGCAUCGAUAGCGGCCCCACCUGGGACGAUAAAGAUACUUCCACAAGGGAUGGUCUUCUUGUGUUCUUUUUCCUUGUCCUCCCUCUUUUGGCAUUGGGUUUAUUUGUGUUCUUCAAGAGGAAUGAGCUGAGGCAACGUUUGUUCAGAAAGAAACGCUCGCAGGGUUAUGAAGCUGACAGCAGACCGCAGGCUACUGUGUCCCAGCGGGGAAACCCCAAUCGUAUAGUAAAGGAUGGGCACCAGGCUCAGUUAUUGCCACAAGAGGAGGUGGUACAAACGAAUAAAUCAGCUUCUGUGCCAUCUUACGCCACCAGACCGCCACCACCACCAUUUGCACGACCAUCUGCUCCUACCCAACAACUAAUGCCUCAAAGACCAGCGCCUGCACCCCCAGUAUAACACACAACACACAGACUGACAGUUGUAUUUCUGUCUGGGAUGGACAGGCCAAGUGUAAAAUGUGCAGUGGGAGGGGUCAAGUAGCAAUCAGGUGGUUGCUCCCCCACUUAUUAGGGCCCGAGCACUGAUGGUGUGAGGACCCUAUUUCUCCCCUGUCCUUCUGAAAACAGCUGUCAACUGUCAAUCAAACUGAGAGACAGUCAAUGUUGUGAAAGGAACCUCUACUUGCAAUACAUCACUGAGUACAUGAUGGGAGCGAGAGAAAUAAUUAGUCAAUUAAAAGCUUCCCACCUGUCACUUGACAAAAGAUGCCUAUGGCAACAGACCCUUAAAUGUUACGAUUCUUAUGUGCUAUAUAGGACCACUGCGACUUAUUGCACUUCAGUAAUAUUCACUGUUUAUAGGAAUGUACAGAGACCCUUUUAUUAUAGGCUGGCUUUCCUCCCCCUCCACUUUUUGGUGCAACAUGUGUACACCACAGUCAAUCAUUGCUCCAAAUAAAAAAAAAAAAUGUUUUAUAUUAUGUUAAGGACAAGGACAAAUGCAAUAAUUUAGUAAAUAGGCAUCGCUAACAUUUUACAAGGUUGUCAAGUCAUUAGUGUUAUCUAAAUGGCCCAUGGUAACUGCAAAUCAUUCUCUUUGCACUGUGAUGCAUAAUAUUCAUAUUAUAAAUAAUUUAGGUUUUGCAAUACCGGAGUGCAAGACAAGAAACAAAAUACAUAAAGUAAUUUUGUUCUUUUUAUUUGAAAUUGUUGAUACCAACACAGUGAUUUAAAACUACUAUUUUACCAUUUAUAUAUAGUUUUAUUUGCAUAGUUUUAUUUAUAUGUAACUUUUAUAGAAAAUCUAUUUUUUACUUUAUUUGCCAAGUGAAAUUCUGUCCGCAAUGAGGCAAAAAAUCAGGUAAACAUGAAUUCUUGUUUUUGAAAAUGGUUAAUUCCUAAAACUUCAUGAUUGACUUUUUUUUUUUUUUAUGUGGUGAUUAACAAUUUUUUGUUGUUGUUGCAAAAUACAAACAACAGUAACCAUGAAAAAGUCAGUGCUUUUCUCCUAUCAUUUUUAAGGGCUACAUGACUUUAUGCAUGAUAACACACUAUGCGAUAAAUUACAUAUUUCUUCCUUUGUGAAAUUGAUCAAAAAGAACGAAAAGACCGUUUUGUCUGCAUGUUUCAUAGACUUCUUUGUGAUGACCGUAAUACCACAUGGGGUACAGUAUGUGUAUAAAGUCAUGUACCCGCAAACAAACACACAAACAACUGAAACGUUUUUGUUGUAGACCACAUUUAGACAGUAUCCUCACACUAGGAUAUUUCCAUCAUAGCAAAAUCAUUAAGUGCCAUACAUUUCAUGUCUGAUAAGUGUUAUUUUACAUGUGUAUGAUUAACUGAAUGAAUGAUGAACACAACAACCCGGCCCUCACACACUGCAUUUCCAUUCGAAGCAGUUGUGGAUUGUUGAUGUUUUAUGCAUAAAAGAUGGACUACACUUAUUUUGGACUACCUACAGUGUAAUGUGGAUGAUGGUUUUUGCAUAUGAAAAUAAAAGGAAAAACACUGGUUUGUUUUUAA